AUGUGUAGACCUGUUGAAUGCAAUACAUGUCAUGGUACAACUUGGAAUGGGUGUGGAUUACAUAUUCCAAGGGCAAUGAGUGAAGUUCCUAUAGAAGAAUUUUGUUCCUGUUUGCCAAUCGUUUAUUCUGGGAGGGGAGAAUAUCCACCUAAGUUAGGUCAGGGGACUCCUAAAGAUGAAUGGAAGCCCCCAAUCGAAGAUUAG